UGCUCCUCGUAGUCCUCGUGUCUUUGUUGAUGUUGAUGUGUUUACCUCAGCUGACCUCAGCUCAGUUUAAGACAGCUAAAAUCAAUUUGUUUUUAACAAACGCAAGCAUGGCCUCAUCCGCAACACAAAUUUGUGGUUUUCUAGCUAUUCCCGUGAAAUACAAAGAAUCGAGCGGUGCCAGCCACUGGCUUUACUGCAAAGAGCAUUCCGUGCGUGUAAAGACAACAGGGAAACCAGUCGGACGAACACUGUUUGUAAUCAACGUUCCGGCCUUCUUUACAGAGGACUGCUUUCAAAAGUUGUUUGGAGAGUUUGGUACAGUCUCCAAAGUUUUCUUCCACAAGAAGCCGACUGCUUCUGUUCCAGAAGAAGAAACCUCUAAUUUCUUCAAAAAAUCCGAGCCUGUCAAAGGCUAUAAAGUUGCCUAUGUGGUUUUCGAGAAAAGUUCAUCUUUGGAGGCUGUCUUAAAAUUGAAAUGGAAAACGCCAAAAGUGCUUUUCGGAAAGCAAGACAAAGCGCCUCCCUCAGCUGUGCAGAGAUGGAAUGCGGCGUAUGAUGAACAAAUUACCGCCGUUGCUGACCUCCAAGCCGACAUUGACGACUUCAUGAGGAAAUUCGAUGAGAAAGCUAAGGAAGAAGCUGACAAUUUGAAGCAGUCCGAGGGUCAGGCUGACGAGGACGGCUGGUUCACAGUUACAAAGAAAGUAAGGAAACCUGGAUUGGCCAGAAAGGAGAGCGUCGAGCAGAGGGUUUUGCAGAAAGAAAGCAAAAAGAAGGCAAAGAAGGAGCUGCUCAACUUUUACACCUUCCAAAUAAGGGAAUCUAAAAUGAACCAUCUUGCCGAGCUGCGGCACAAGUUUGAAGAGGACAAGAAAAGAAUUGCCCAGCUUCGACAGUCUAGGAGGUUCAGACCGUUUUAGUAGAAUCAAAUCAAAUUAAAUUCCUGAUAAUAAGAAUUGAAAUAAAGUCAUUGAAAUCGAA